GUCGCCUUGUUGCUAUGACGAUUCUAAACAAUUGUGUGAGUUAUGGUUUGCUGAAAUUUGUAUCUCAAUUGAUCACUCAACUUUAGUCUUGACAAACUGUAUGACAGAAAUGAAGAGCUCAAACUAUUUGUGGUCUUUGACUGGAAUAUGUUUGUUGGUUCAAGUUGUGAUAAUGUCAAACGACAUGAAGGCAUGUUGGAUGACACCUUUUGACGCAUACCGGAAGUUCAAGUGUGUGAAGAGCAGCGUCAUGACUCUACCUUUCAAUGUGUGUGCAAUGAAAUGUUGCUUACAGCACCGAUGUAUAGGAUUGUAUCACAAGGAAGCAAGUGAUGAAUGUUACUUGAUCAACGCUACUGAAAAAGAGGAAAAUUGUGCCGACUUGGAUUGGAAUAGCUGGAAAGCAUAUAAGAAAACUAAAGACCUUGGCGGUUGCAGCCAAUAUUUAUUGGGUAACAAGAAAGUCCCGGCUCGGCUGAAUUUUGUUCCGAGUGAUAACGAUGACAUUGGUGGUUUUAACGUGACGGGCAAAUAUAAAUAUACUGAAUUAUCAAAAUUGUCCAGAGUUCGAGGAUUUGCCACCCAAGGAAGGUGGCGAAAUGAAACUGUUGACUCUUGUUGUGAUGAAAGGGUGACAUAUUUCUAUAUAUAUUAUAGUACUGACUACAAAAAAUGGUUCUGGGCGGACAAAAAAGCACGAUUUGAAGCUAAUGUGAUUCCGGACGCCGGAAAUGAGAUAGUAUUCAAUGUGUUUCAGACGCCUGUGGAAGCGAGAUACUUAAAGUUGUAUCCCGCAGAUCACCAUGGACAAAAGAUCGUGCGUUUUAAUGUGAUUGGUUGUGAUUUAUAACGUCACAUAUUUGAUAAUCCUCUUGGAUGCCGGAAAUGUUUUCACUCUAACGCCUUCAUACAAAUCUAGUGUUUGUGUUACUUAUUCUUACUUUAUUUUCAAGACAGACGAAUUUUAAUGACGACUUUUACAUUGUCAUAAAUGCUCUUCAAAAUGUGAAGUUUCAAAUCAAUAAAUGACAUGAAUGUAUUAAAAUGUAUAUGUUUGUGUUUAUUAGCCUUUACAAACAAAAUAAAAUUGGUCAAGACUUAUUUAAGACCAAUAAAAUGUAGUAAAUGCUUACAAAUAUACACUAACACAUUUAGUGUUUGAAAUUCUUUUUAUAAAACUGUCGAUUUACUAGACCGAUUAAAUUAAGCUCAUUUACUAAUGUAAAUGUGUAAGGAUUCAUUCAUACUGUAAUUCUAUUGGACAAAAUAAUUCAAAACACCUAAUAAUUAUAUCGAUCUUUGCAAGUUAAUUAAACUUCAUUAGUUUUAUUUAUUAUCAACAGGACGGCCAUUGCUUAAUUUAUGUUGAUUCAAGAAUAACAAUGAGUGUUCAUCAUAAAACUAUAGAUUCGUAACAUUCAAUUGGACAGUAAUUCCAGAGUACAUAAUCGGUGUUUACUUAGGAAAUAGAUAUAAUAUAUCAAUUUUAAGUGCAUUGUUAUAAAUAAUGCACGGUUCAAAUUUAAAUGUGCAUGAAUAUAAUCAUGAAUGCCAACAUGCCUUCCAAAGCAAUUGAACGAUUAAUCUUGUAUCAAUAAACUAUAAUAUAAGAUAAAAUAACACCUUAUACAUUUUAACAUGUUUAUAAAAAGGGAAUUGAUAAAAAUAAUAUUUUGGUGAACUUCAUUGCGCUCAGAGGUUUUCCUGACAUGAUUUGUUGUAUUAACGACAUAUCUUCCGUUUUUUAUGCUGUAGAUGACCUCGUGUAAUUACAUGUAUCCACUUGAUUGUUAUUUCUUUCAUGGGUUUGUAAGUAGUAUCUAUAAUAUACGAAAGCCCGGUUUGGACAUUUCGACUUCAUGAAUUCCCGAUUUCAUCUUCAUGAAUUC